AUGCUGCCGAAAGUCACGAGCCAUCUGUUCCUGCACACGUCCCGUGCAGUUGCCCUCGUCCAAAACCAAUCUGGGACUCUCCGCAACGUCCUCCAGUACCAGUCAUCAGGCUCAACAUCCACCGUUCCAUGGGCUACCGGCACAGGCUCAUCCUGGGGUGGUGCCGGAACGGGCGCAGGUCCUGGCGGCGCGAAAUUCAAUGCUGGUAGUAAAUUCUACACGGGGUAUACUGGCGCCGGUCGUGCAGUCACGCAGGCCAAUACGACCGCCGGCAAUGAUCUCGUCAAAGACGACGACAAGGAGGAUGUAUCUGUAUCAUUUGUCAAGGCCCCCCAAUCCUCAUCCCGUCAUUCACGUCCCCUCGCUCGCCGUCAUUCCUUCAGCCUUCCUUCCGGUCCACGCGACCUUCAGCCUGAAACCAACACAGGCAUCUUGCAUUCCGUUCAACUACAUCUCCGUGCGCGACAUACAUUUGCUCCUUCUGCAGAACAUGAGCAACAAAAUCGACAGCAGCCGUCGGAGUCACCGCCCCCACUUCCCUCAGAUGAUUCAUCUCAGUCGUCCUUUGCCGCUAGCGUCGAAGAAGCGUUUGCAACUAAAAAUGUCCCUCGACUCGCCCAAUUGAUCAUAGAACUCACGGACCGCGAUCAUGACGUCCAAAAAUCUCUUCGUUCGAUCGACGCACGCGCUCGCAGGAGGAGAUUAGGCGCACAAACAUCCAACACCAUUCACGAGGCAGCCGUAGAGGAGGCUGACGCCAAGGGCAAAGAUGCGCUUCUCGCCGAAGACAACUUCCGCGCAGCCAUGUCGAUAUUCGAUGCCGCUUGUAUGACCUCGGAGUCAGACGCGGCAAAUUCUCAAAAGCGUUCAGCCUUGGCUUUCCGUUUCCCCGUUAACGUGUUCCAUGCCCUUCUACGUUCAUGUGCCUACCAUGCUUCCAUCGAUGCCGCCCUCCGUGUAUACUCUCAUCUCGAGGCAAGGGUUCGUCAGCCCUCGGCACACAGUUCAGACUCAUUUACUCCAUUCUAUCCCUCCACGACGGCCAUCUACUACCUUCUCAGCACCUACGUGAAUGCUAAUGAUCUUUCGGGAGCCUCGGAAGUGUUCAACGAGUUCAAGGACUUGUGCGCUCGGGACCAGAUAGCGAACUUGGAGUCCAGUUCGCAAGUACGUGUUUGGAAUAAGAUGUUGGAGGCUUAUUUCCAUGCUGGACAACCAGCUGGCGCCUUGCGCCUGUUGGAAACCAUGAUGGAUGCCGAGAACACUGAUAAGACACAAGGUGAAAAGGUUCUCGUACCGAGUCCUGCUUCGUCUACCUUCACAACCAUCAUCAGCGGUUUCUGCAAUCAAAUCUCUAAUGGCCCUGUCAACUCCGGCGCGGCUCCUGUAUCUUCCCCGCAGCCCGACAUUGCUACUGCUCUCUCUUGGUUCAACCGUCUACUUCUCCAACCCAAUCCCUCCGUUAACCAGUACGAAUCUUCUUCCGAGCCUACGCGGCCAGACCAGAAGGCAUGGACGGUGAUGCUCGAAAUGCUUUCCCAGGCCGUCUCUACGGAUAAAUCGCGGAUUCAAGAUCUCAACAGGUUGUUUGGCAUUCUGGUGGACUGUGCGGCUAAGGAUCGCCUAGAAGUGAAGCCGACCAUACGGUCCAUGGUGCUCAAUACCAACGUGCGCUUCCUCAAACAAGCGACCCAUCCAGAAGACAAAGAUCUCGCCCACGCUUCCCUGGCAUUCCUGGUGCAUCACAUCUCCUUGAAUAAGGAUCACCGUCCACCGUUGCUUCAGAUCAGCGAGUCCAUGGCCUUGCUUGCGACCGUGUACCUUCCACUUGUCCGCUUCGGCAUGGCCGGGAAGGCCUGGGAGCUUGCGAAGGGUCUGGUAGCCCAGGAGUUAUCUGUGAUUGAUGAAACCUUGAACAAGGACGAGAAACCUGAGGCCAAGAUGUCUGGAGAACUGCUUAACAAGGUCGUUCCGUUCGCCCUCGAAGCAAUCGUUUCCUCGUCCUCGGAGACCCCUAUCCUUUCGGAAACGCUGCAGGUCAUGCGGUACAUAGUACGAACAGGAGUGAAGCCGACGGCCGCUAUGGCGCCUUACCAUUUGCAUGCCUUCAUGGUAUCCCCGAUCGAGAUUCAGCAUAAUCUAGUACAGUCGGACUACGAAACCCUGCUUUCGUGUGCUCUUGCACUCCCCGUUAACCCCUCAGCAAAUGAAUUACCCCAGGGAUGCGCAUACCAGUCUCUCCCCGCACUUCUCAAAGCCUUCGACAAAGCCAAUAUCGGUUCUCACAUGCAAGCCGUGCCGAGAAAAUUAGCACUGGCUGUAAUGACUGCACUUCACGACUCUCUAGAUGCCCACCAGCUAGCCGAAUUCUUCGAAUCUGUCGGGCCUGAUUUCCAACGGUUCAAGCGUCCGCAACCUCCCCCUGCUCCAGUAACUGAAUCGCCAACCCCUCGUACGCCGAUCAUCAUUGACUCCGAACUCAGUCGCUACAUCGAUGAGUGGUUCCCUUCAAACCGUUCGCUCACAGUCUAUGAUGGGUAUGCCCGCCUUCAGGAGGCAAUUUCGGCACCGUCCCCGCGUUAUCCUCAUCCCGCUGCCCUAGGACGCCUUAUUAACGGCCUCGGCCGUGCACGCGACAUACCGGCACUCCAAUCUGUCUAUGACACCGCACAACAGGUCAUCUUCUCACCUUACGUCUCUGCCAACCCACCGUGGCAAUCUCAAGCAUGGUUCCAGAUCGAAGAUCAGAUGAUUAUUGCAUAUGCGCAUGCCGGAGAUAUGGAGAGCGCGUAUGUGCACCGCGACCGCAUCUCAGCGGCUGGUGGCGUGCCUUCGCCGGAUGCGUACGGAUCGCUCAUCGAAUGCGUGCGUGACACGACAGACGAUACCUCGAACGCCAUGGCUCUCUUCACCGAAUGUCAGAUGCGCGGGACGAAACCGAACGUCUACCUUUACAACACUAUCAUCUCUAAGCUCGCCAAGGCACGCAAGGCUGAUUUCGCUCUUGAUCUGUUUGAGCAAAUGAAGACAAAUACCUCCCUGCGGCCUUCUUCGAUCACGUACGGCGCUGUCAUUGCAGCGUGUGCCCGCGUUGGUGAUGCUCAAGCUGCCGAACGACUUUUCAAGGAAAUGGCCGACCAGCCUAAUUUCAAGCCUCGGAUCCCACCGUACAACACCAUGAUGCAGAUGUACACGCAUACCAAACCAGACAGGGAGCGUGUAUUACAUUAUUACGACUUGAUGAUUAAGGCGGGUAUCAAACCCUCCGCACAUACUUACAAGCUCCUCGUCGACGCAUACGGGACCAUUGAGCCGAUUGACAUUAAAGCGGCUGAGGAGACAUUCAAGAAGAUUGAGUCGUCGACAGAGGUCACCCUUCAGGGUACCCACUGGGCAGCGCUUAUCAAUGCUUAUGGCUGUGUUCUAAAAGACCUGGACAAAGCCAUAAGCAUCUUCGACUCGAUCGCAUCACAUCCUUCCGCUCGCCGCAAUCCGCUCAACCCCCUCCCCGACGCUGUCACGUACGAAUCACUCAUCAACGUCUUUGUUAUAAACAAGCGUAUGGAUCAUGCCGUUACUUAUCUCGCAAAACUCCAAGCAUCGGGCGUACAUAUGACCGCAUACAUCGCAAACCUAUUGAUCAAGGGCUACGCAGCUGCAGGCAACAUCGAAGAAGCUCGCAGGGUGUUUGAGAGCCUAGCUGAUCCUCCCAGCGGCGUUGCUGCUCCCAAUAACCAUGUCCCUUACCAUCCGGCGGCCAGUUCUUCAGUUCCUCCGUCUGCGCCUUCGUACAGAGAACCAUCGACAUGGGAAGCGAUGUUCCGCGCUGAACUUGGUAAUGGACACCGCGAUCGUGCGGUUGCACUGCUAGACCGGUUACGGGAAAGGCAAUUUCCACAUGCAGUUUACCAGAGAAUUCGUGGAAUCAUGGGUGAUGACGACUCCGUUUCACCGUGGGCACAGUCUCCCGUUUCGCAGUCCCCUUGA